AAAAAGGAUGCUGUCUAGGACAUUAUAUCCUAUAUAUAAUAUAUAAAUCAUACAGUGAUCCAGACGUUUGGCAUAAUCUGAUUUUAGAGCCAAGAAUACUUUUUUUCCCCUGAGCUUUUAAUGUGAUUCCAGAUUAACUUUCUUCUGUUUUAUUUUUGUGAACACUGGCCAUCUGGAGAAGUGAUUCUCACUGCCCAUCAAGUCACCUGAAGGACUUUGAGAAAGGACAGAGGCCCAGAGCCCCAGAUCCCAUUCCAGCUGUGCAGAGUCCAAAGCAACCAGAGGUAAAGGAAUCUAACAAGUUGCCAAAGAACACGAUGCCAAGCAUUACUCAAAAAGUUGAUGAAGCACCUUGUAGAAGACACCGCCACCCCAAAACAAACUAGGACACACAGUGAAGAUGACCAAUGAAAACCAAAAGGUCUAUGGUUACAAUUAAGAACAUCAAGAAGAGGCAGCAAAGGACAAAGGAGGUCAAGCUGCCCAUACAUGGAGGAAGCCAGUUUCUCAGAAGAUACAACUUCUGAGCAACAGGAAUGUUUGCCUUUUGGUAGAGAUUUCUCCCAAAUUAAGAUAUACAAUGGUUACAAAUUUACCUCAAAAAAUGACAUCCUUGAUGUCUCAUAUCAAAUUAUGUCAACAGUAGAUGACCCUGAAAAAAAGGCUACUUAUAAAGAGAUUUGCACAAAUGCAGACAUGGCCAAGACUUUGGAUAAAAUGACGGAAACUGUUGUCAACAAAAACCAUGAUAAAGAGAAACAAUCCUCCAUAAGUCUUGAUAUUCCAGCUCAUGAAAGAGACUCUUCAAAGUCAAACCUUUCUAAUAUUUUACUCCAUCAUCUUUCCAAAGAGGAAUUCUUAAAAGGUCAAGGCAUUAAUUGUGAAACUUUCCCCGACAUUUCUAAUGCGGACCAUUCUGAUGAAGCCAUUAUUAGAAAUAUUAUUUUGUGCUAUGCUAAGAAUUCUUGCCCAAAAGAACAAACCCUAGAACUCACAGGCCCUCUCAGCUCCAAAAGGGAUGGUGAAAACAGCAAUAAGCACUGUGGUUCUAGAACUAUGAGAGAAGAAAUCACCUCUGAUUUAGAAGAGCCAGUGGUUGCUGGAGAGAGCAGCUAUCAAGGAACUUCACAUUUUCUAACUAAAAUCAAGAGUCCACAUGAUAAGCCAAAAAGUUUCCAAGGACAGCCACCCCAGAAACAGCAGACUGAAAAAGCAAUUUCAGGCAAUGGGUUCAAAUAUGGACAUGGUCAGAUGGAGCCCAUAAUACAUAUUCACCAAGAAUAUCUCACAGGAAUAGAAUCUGAGACAAGUGUCUUUAAGGUGUCAUCAACCUCUCAGAAAGACCCUUGCCCAAGUUCUUCUUACGUAUUUCAAAAGAUAACUGAAGGGAAACAGAUGUGCCAGAAGUUAAAAGAACAGACUGAUCAACUGAAGACUAAACUACAAGAAUUUUCCAAAAGCAUAGCACACGACUCUCCAUAUCACUUGCAAGACAAGAAGCUGGUCCUGGAGAAACUUCAGGGACAUCUUGAACUACUGGAGCAGGAGUUUCAGGACAACAAGGAGAAGCAUCUGACUUUGAAGCAAGUUCACAGGCAUGAAUCCCCAGCUGUUGGUGACUUUGAUCCAGAAAGGGUUAAAGUCUUGCUAGAACUCACCCAGAAUCCCACUUGGAUUUGGUGGCUUUUGGGCAGAGAAGUGGAAGGUGAAAUUUUCAAGUUGGAGAUGCUAUUUGAAGACGUUAAAGAGAAAAUGAAUGAGGGCAAAUAUAUGUCAGCCGUUUCUCUUCCCGGGAGUUCUCCUCAAAUCAUCCCAGAUGACUUGGCAUCCACAUCCUCUCCACCCUCAAAUGAGGAGAACCCCAACACCACCGGGGGAAGGCCGGACCAUGCAGAGACAACGAGUCCACGCUGUGCCUGUAGCCACCCGGUCCUUGAAUGGAAGGAAAUCAUGGAGAAACAAGGGCACAGAAGGCCCAGCUAUGGAAGGUGUCCCACUGCCAUUCGGGAAAAGGCACCGCACGCAGACUCAAUUCUCGGUUCUGAUACAGGCCACAGCUGCUAUUUUGCUCCUAAGACUGGACUGUCCAGUGAUAAAUGUCAGAACUGCGGCACUAUGAGUCAUAAUUCCAGGAAAGCCUGUGGCAAAAAAACAACUGAAGAAUUUCAUUAUCGAUACAACACCCCAGGAGAGAAUUACAUAACUCAUAGUGAAAGAAGCGACUUUGUCCAGAUCUGCUUUUUAAAUGAAAAUAAAAAUUCUUCACCGUCUUGUUCAAAACCAGAAUGGAUCUGUUCCCAGACAUCAAAUCCAAAAUCCUCUCAAGAUGAACAUGAGUCAAUACCAGGAAAAAAAAAUCUUAAGAUUUUCAUGACUUACAGUUCAGACCUUGCUACACCCACACCCUAUUUCCAGCCCUUCAGGAUUUCUGGAAGCAAAUCCUUAAGCAACUUGGACAGUAUGGAAACUGAAUCUGAGAUUUUAAACUCGUCUUUGGAUCAUGCCCUAAGGACAGCAACCAUUUUGAAAGAAACUACUGAUCAGAUGAUUAGAAGUAUUGCAGAAGAUCUUGCCAAAGUACAGAGAUGGAGGAAUCAACUGAAAUACUAGUUUGACCCAAGGCAACAGAAGACUUAAAAAAAAAUGCGAAGAAAACUUCCCUCAAAAAAUAUCUUAUUACACAAUUUUGGAAGGGAACUUUCUAGAGAAAAUACCAAAACCAUAGGAAAUGUGGGGCCCCAAGUGCUUAAAAGAAAA